UAUACACUUAAAACUUGGACCUCACGGUUGAUAUAUUUACAUAUCUGUAUAAAUAUCUUUAUUUACAUAUUUUUACCAUUUCUUGUUUUAGCUUCCGAUGAUAUCGCCUUCUUCCCAGAUCGAUAUUUUCGUUUUCUUGAUUAGAUUCUCAUAUAUAUAAGGAUCAGGGUAGUAGCUUUUCAAAUAUCAAUUUUCCCAGAAACGAGGCUCCAAAAGUUGAUUUCAAUUCUCCACUCUACCAAAGGGGGAUUUUAUCACUCCGGUCGCCUGAAGUUGAAACUCGACAAUUUUAAUGAUGAUUAGUCUCACACAGUCCUCCGGGUUCGGUGGUGGAGACUUUUACUCCGGUGAGCGCAGGGCAAAACGGCGCCGAAGCAAAGAUGAUGUGGUCUUCUAUGAUAUGUUUGCUUCUGAUGACCCCGACACCGAUUCAGAAGGUGGCUCCAUCAAGAAAAAAGGCAGGAAUGAUCUGUUCAAAAAGCGACAAGCAAAAGAUGAAGAAACUAUCGGUGCAUUUGAAAAACAUACAAAGGGAAUUGGUAUGAAGUUGCUUGAGAAGAUGGGGUAUAAAGGAGGCGGUUUAGGGAAGAACGCACAGGGGAUCGUUGCUCCAAUUCAAGCCAAAUUGCGCCCCAAGAACAUGGGAAUGGGGUUUAAUCAUUAUAAAGAGGCGGCUAAUGUUCCGACAUUGCAAGAAUCAGUUGAUGAGAUUAAGGUUUCUGGUAUUCAACAAAAAGAGAAGCCAUGGCUGAAACAAGGUAGCUCAAACAAGAAGGAAAAAGAGUAUGCAACUGCAGAGGAGUUCUUCGUGAAGAAGCAAGAACAGGGUCUUGAUGUAGUUCAGAAUAUGAGGGGCCCACAAGUUCGUUUGUUGACUAAUUUGGAAAAUUUAAACUCCGACGAAAAAUUAAGAGAGAAUGAUAAUAAGCCAAUGCCGGAGCUCCAACAUAAUAUCAAUCUAAUCUUUGACAUGGCGAAACUUGAUAAAAAGAAAAUCCUCCAGGACUUGAGAAACGAAAGGGAGACAUUUGUCAUUUUACAUAACGAAAAAGAGAAGCUAAAAGACAAUGCUGCCCUUGAGAAGAAACAACUCGACACCAUUGAAGAUAUGGUUAGUGUAAUGGAACGGUUAAGCUUGUUAGGAACAUUGACUUUAGAAUCUCUUGCCACGUCAUUCGUUGACUUGCAUACAAGGUUUCCCAAUGAGUACAAGAUUUUCAGUUUGGCUACUAUCGCUUCCUCUUUUGCAUUGCCUUUGUUCAUUAGGGAAUUUCAGGGAUGGGACCCACUCCAAAAUCCAACACAUGGGUUAAACGUUAUGUCGUUAUGGAAGGAUCUUCUUGAAGAAGAUGAGAUAUUUGAUUCGCUUUUCAUGGAGGUUGUGUUCCCUGCUGUUGUUAGAUUAUCUGGCACCGACACCUGGCAAGCGCGGGACCCGGAACCGUUAUUAAGGUUCCUAGAUUCUUGGGAACAGUUACUGCCUCACUCUGUUCUUCAAACCAUACUCGACAACAUUGUCAUGCCUAAGUUAACAUCUGCUGUUGAUUCGUGGGACCCACUUUGCGAAACCAUUCCUAUACACUUGUGGGUCCACCCAUGGCUUCCGUUAUUAGGCCCGAAGCUCGAGACUUUAUAUCAUACGAUACAAAACAGGCUAGAAAGUGUGCUGCACGCGUGGCAUCCGAGUGACAUGUCAGCAUACUAUAUUUUAUCACCAUGGAAGACGGUUUUUGAUCCAUUAAGAUGGGAACAGAUAAUGGUUCGAUACAUCAUUCCUAGAUUAUUGGCUGUGAUGCAUGAAUUCGAAGUCAACCCUGCGGAUCAGAAGCUUGACCAGUUUUAUUGGGUGAGGAUUUGGGCUUGUGUGAUUCCGAUUCAUCACAUGCUUCAUAUAAUGGAUGUGUUUUUUAACAAAUGGCAAGAGGUAUUGUACCAAUGGUUAUGUUCAAAGCCGGAUUUUCAAGAAGUGAGAAAUUGGUAUUUGAGUUGGAAGGAUUUGAUUCCAUCUGAGCUUUUAUCAAAUGAGCAUGUAAGAUAUCGGCUUAAUUUGGGUCUGAAUAUGAUGAACCAAGCCGCUGAAGGGCUGGAGGUGAUUCAGCCAGGUUUGAGGGAGUUUGAGGCUCAGAAGGCGGCUGCACAGGUGGCAAAGGGGUGUGCGGCAGAGGAGAUGGGUGGUGCUGGUGGUGUUAUGAGUUUGAAGGAGGUUAUUGAGGUUCAUGCACAAGAAAAUAAUUUGAUGUUUAAACCUAAAGUCGGGAGAAUGAAAGAUGGACAUCAGGUUUAUGGAUUUGGGAAAGUUAGUAUGAUUAUAGACUCUUUGAAUCAGAAGGUGUAUGCUCAGAUUGAAGAUAAGUGGUCUCUUGUAACACUUGAGCAAUUGGUGAAGCUGGAGAAGAGUUCUGUUUUGAGAAGACAUUGAGUUUUAAAGAUUUUGGAUUUCUGGAGUUAAUGUAUGUGCAACAAUAUUUGUUUUUUAGUCAUGUUAACAUGUGGCUUGAUAUUUUGGUAAUUAACUCGGCCCAAAAGGAAGUGAAGAAAACAAUUUAGAAGGGAUAAGUGUUUGGAGAUUUCUGGAUUUACUUGUAUAUGGGUUCGGUUCUAUAUAAUUUGCUAGGGUUAAUGGUUAUAAGUAUUUGUAGUUAAGGAUUCAACCGACAAUCACUUUUGAAAAAUAGAAAAGUUAUAUGGUUUAUGCCAAAGGAUGUUAAUUCCUUGUAUACCUUUAUUUUUGUUUUUUGUUUUUUUACGUAACAAGUUAUAUAGAUAUAUAAAGUUCCUUGUUAUCAAGUGUUAAAGGGGCCGGUUAUAUUUUAAAAAUCCAGUCAAAA